ACUGGGGAUAACAAAGUACUGCAAACGGGACAUCGUUAAGCAACCACGACUUAUUCUUCAAAGUAGCACAGGCGCACGGAUUGCUCCUUUACAUGCAGAGAGAGAAGCAGACGAAAGAGAGAUCCCAUCUCUAAACUGAUCUAGACCCGCCGCAAACUUUUAAGGACACCGGCAGGACCGUUCCUGUAACACAGCAAGGACAACUGUUUUGCCACCUUGCAGAGUUCAUGAACUUAUAGUCAGCCUGUCCUCGUUUUAGUGUUCCAUCGAGUCCUGAUACCAUCUUUCAUGUGCCCAUAUUUUAUUAUUAAAGGAAAAGCAACAUUUUCUCCCAUAAAAAAACUGAAUUAUGCAUUCGUAACAUUAAAUUGUUAGCUCUUGCAUUUAUAGUUUUUGUAGCAAAGUGUAGUACGGAGGGCUCUCUGAGUUGCUGACUGUCAAACUCGGAAACAUGUUCUUCCAGCUGCUGGUCAUGUGUUUCCAUUUACACCUGACUGUCUCUCUGCAGGGCACUAAGGAUAAACUCCAUAGCGUUUCACCUGCCUAUUAUAAGGAGUACCAGCAGGUGAAAUCUUACCAACAGCAGACUUAUUCCCAAAGGAAGACAGGGAUUGUCCAGAAUAUUGAUCAGAUCUAUUCCGCUGAUGGCAAGCGUGGCUAUAUCUUGUAUAUGGACAACCGGCGCUACGUAAUUGACUUGGAGCAAGAUGGAGCAAUCUCUUCCCCUCACUUCAGCACCAGCAACUUUGGUCCCUUCGGUGCUCAUCCACGGCUGCCACCUAACCGGUGCCUUUACCGUGGCACAGUUGACUCGAAUGCAAAAUCUUUGGCUGCCUUUAACCUAUGUGGGGGACUAGAUGGCUUCUUCGCUGUGCAGCAUGGCAUUUAUAGUAUCAAGCCCUUGCUGAAGAGCCGUAGUCAGGCAGACAACCAGCAGGUGUAUGGUGACGGGUCAGGGAGAAUCUUGCAUGUUUUUUCCCGUGACCAUUUUAGUUUUGAGACUAUUGCCCCACCAAAACACAGUAGUUGUGAAACACGUGGGUUGGCACAACAUGGCAUUAGUUCUUCGGUUACAGAUAACAUUGUAGGCAAGCAAUUCAAUAACACUCAUGAAACAAGCCCUUGGUCCAGGGCUGCUUUAGCUCGAAAACUGCUUGACUUACAAUUAAAGCCAGAUGUGAGAGUGGGCAGACGUCGCCGCUCUGUGUCCAAGGUACGACAUGUGGAGCUGCUCCUGGUAGCUGAUGAGUCCAUGGUAAAACAGUACGGAAAAGACCUCCGCCACUAUCUUCUAACCCUGGCCUCAAUUGCUUCACGACUGUAUGGACAUGCCAGCAUCGAGAAUCCUGUCCACUUGUCUGUGGUGAAAAUUGUAAUUGCUGGCAUCCAGGAAAGGGGACCUGAGGUGGACAAGAAUGCUGCAGUAACUCUGAAGAAUUUCUGCAAGUGGCAGCAUCAGCACAAUCAGCUGGAUGAUGACCAUGAUGAGCAUUACGACGCGGCUGUUCUGUUUACCAGGCAGGACUUGUGUGGACACCACUCAUGUGAUACUUUGGGAAUGGCAGACGUUGGAACUGUAUGUUCUCCUGAACGCAGCUGUGCAGUGAUUGAAGAUGACGGUCUCCAUGCAGCUUUUACAGUUGCUCAUGAAGUUGGACACCUGCUAGGAUUGUCCCAUGAUGACUCGAAGUUCUGCGAGGAGAACUUUGGCUCCAUGGAUGAUAAGCGGCUGAUGUCUUCUAUUUUGACAAGCAUUGAUGCUUCCAAACCCUGGUCUAAAUGUACCUCAGCAACAAUUACAGAGUUCUUCGAUGAUGGACACGGUGAAUGUUUACUAGAUUAUCCAAGAAAACAUAUCCUGGGACCUGAAGAGCUCCCAGGACAAGCAUAUGAUGCCAUCCGCCAAUGUAAACUGGCUUUUGGGCCCCAGUAUACUGUAUGUCCUGGUAUGGAUGUAUGUGCUCGACUAUGGUGUGCUGUUGUCCGACAGGGCCAGAUGGUUUGCCUGACAAAGAAGUUACCUGCUGUAGAGGGAACUCCAUGUGGAAAAGGUAGAAUAUGCCUUCAUGGAAAAUGUGUGGAUAAAACCAAAAAGAAAUACUAUUCGACAGUUAGUCAUGGAAACUGGGGGUCCUGGGGACCUUGGGGGCAGUGUUCUCGAACAUGUGGAGGAGGAGUACAAUUUGCUUAUCGUCAGUGUAAUAAUCCAGCACCAAAGAACAAUGGUAGAUACUGCACAGGGAAACGUGCCAUCUAUCAUUCUUGCAAUAUCACACCAUGUCCAUCUACAAGUAAACCAUUCAGAGUGGAACAGUGUGCAGCAAGAAAUGGUUUUCAGACAGAUCCUAAAGGUGUGAAGGCCUUUGUUGAAUGGGUGCCCAAGUAUGCUGGUGUUCAGCCUCGGGAUGUAUGUAAACUAACAUGCCGUGCCAAAGGGACUGGUUAUUUUGUUGUGUUUUCUCAAAAGGUGGCUGAUGGUACAGAGUGCCGUCUGUACAGCAGUUCGGUCUGUGUUAAAGGGAAAUGUGUUCGAACAGGCUGUGAUGGCAUAAUCGGAUCUAAGCAGCAAUUUGACAAAUGUGGCUUAUGUGGAGGUGACAAUUCCACCUGUAUCAAAGUUUCUGGAAACUUCACCAAGAGAAGUAAGGGCUAUACAGAUGUUGUGAAAAUACCAGAAGGAGCCACACAUAUCAGAGUACGACAACACAUCUCCAAAGACCAAAAGAAACUUACAUCCUAUCUAGCCCUCAAAAAGAAGGAUGGAAGCUAUAUUAUUAAUGGAAAGUAUAUGAUAUCUACUACAGAGGCCAUCAUAGACCUGAAUGGCACAGUUAUGAAUUACAGUGGCUGGAGCCAGAAUGAUGACUACUUGCACACAAUGGGUCACAAUCCCACAAAGGAAAUACUUAUUGUGCAGGUUCUUGCAACAGACAUAAACAAAGCAGUUGAUGUACGUUACAGCUUUUUUGUUCCAAAGAAACUAAUGGAAAAAAAUGGCAUAGUGAGCAGUAAUAAUGCAAACCAGUCAAAUUCCAAGAUGGCCCAGCCGCAGUGGGUGACAGGACCAUGGCUUUCUUGCUCCAGAACAUGUGACACUGGCUGGCAAACUAGGACUGUUCAGUGCAAAGAUGGAUAUGGUAAGCUAGCUAAGGGAUGUCUGCUGCCUCAGAGACCUCCAGCAUUCAAGCAGUGCAUUCUGAAAAAAUGUUAGCCUUUGGUGUUUUAUUUGCUGAGAUAAAAAUCAGUAUGGUCUAGCCAGUCCAGGAAAACAGAGUUUCUUUAUGGACUCUUCUAGAAACAAAAAUGGAUUUGUGGUUAGAAUUUGCCUUCUGGACCAAAUAAGGUUGCAGUCAGUUUGCAGGUACCAGUUGAGCAAAGGUGAUGAACCAAGGAAGGGAGCAUUACCCAUGUUCUAAUCCCAGAGUGUCUGCCAAAAUGAGCAAGUGCAAACACUGAAGAACAAAUGGAGAUGAAUCAAACGAUGCCCCUUGUUGUCACCUACCUCUAAUGCAUAUGUCUGGGUAUUCGGUAUCAUACUUUUUUACCCAAGAUCUGUUAACUUGCUCUUGUAGAGCUUUUAUAAAGUAUCAUCCCACAGUGUGUUGGUUUUGCUACUCAUGGUCUUGUAAAUAUUGUGUUCUUUUUUUAUUGUUAUUAUAAUAUAUAUCAGGUUUCUUACUGCAAGUCAUGAGGUGAAAAAUGUCUGCAAUCACUGUGAAGUCCUCUCACCUUAACUUCUUCCAUUAUUGAAGAAGCCAAGGAGAUUAUACUGGAAAUGACAAUAGGUAUAAAUGGGGAUCUAGUCACAGAGCUAAUUAUUUUUUUAAAAUGCAGUGGGUAUUUACAGGCUCACCAAAAUAUAGUUCUGGUGACAGAGAUUCACAUUUUCAUUGUAGCACUUUUUUUAUCUAGUGUUUGUCAGCACAUAUCCCAACUCUUCUUCAUUCAUUUCUCUGUAGGAUGCAGCUUGUCUGUCUGUCAUAAUUUUUACUUAUUUGAAAUGUCAAACUGAGGAUAUUUUUAAUGGCAAAAAUGAAAAGAUUUACCAUUUGUAAUGUAAAACUAGCAAAGCUUUAUGAUAGAAUGUCUGACGUUUUCAUAAGUUUGUAUGACCCCCCAUACAUUCAUUUUGGCAUACGUUAGUAUGCACAUAUGAGGGGAGUGCUAGUUAAGAGUAGUUUGUUUCCAAAUAAGUACUGUGCCUUCACAGUCCGUAAAAGGGCUACAUGACAGAAAUGUGAUUAGCUGGAUGACGCUUAAAAGUAUGGCUCUAAUACUGCAAACACUUGCAUAGUCAAAUCACUGAAUAUGAAAUUCCAAAAAUAAAUGCAUUAGAAUGAUUGUAUCAUUGCCCAGUAAAGUAAUAUCUAAACAAAAACUACAUUAGUGAUACAUGUAAUAAUAUUAAAAAGUUACUUAUGCAAUAGGGACUAUGUCUCCCCAUGUCCUCACACUCCUGAUAAUAAAUAUUCUUAGAGGUCAAGUUACUUCAGAGACAGAGAGAAUACUUAUUUUCAUCAAAACAAGUAUACCGUUAACUCAAAGGUAGUUUCGCCUUAGAGUUAGUAUAUUUAGUUAUCAGGGCACAGUUGUGCAGUUACAUGUGUAUUCUUAUGCAAAAAUGUGUGUAUUUCUGUUUUGCUUUGAUCUUAGAUACAUACUUGCUUACCUUUUUUUGACAUCAAGUGUAACACCUCGACUAUCAUAUGUCCUUAGUGAUUAAGACAGUCCAACAUCCUGUAUAUUGAAAGAUGUAUUGCUUAGUGGCUACAUUUCUCAAUUAGUGGUUUACUUUAUCAAAAACAAGUGUUUUCAGUUGUAAAAUAUACCUAACAAGCAGUAGUACUGCAGCCAGGAAAAUGCUGCAAAUUAUCUUCUGAGUGGGUUGUCAUUUAGAGGGGAUAUAUUCUGUAUGGUGGUGGUCUUUUUCAAGUAGAAUUAUUUCCUGUUUAUUAAAAUGCUGCUAACUUUUGUCAUGUAAUUAAGGUUAAGUUGAACUUAUUCAAUGCAAAGUGCAAGUUAUUUUUGCUUUGAGAAUUGGUUUAUAAGUAGUGUGAGAUAGUUACACAAAUACCUUUAUUUUGAAGCUUAGUCAUCCUUAAUUUAAAGUGACUGAAUGUCUGUUUGCAGUCUUAUUAGAGUUUUAUUUGUGAAAUUCAGCUGAUAGUCACAUUUCUGUCACACAGCUAAAUAUAUGUGUAGUAAAAUUACAGCUGGUUGUUACUUAAAUUGCAGUGUUGCCUAAUUACAAAUAAUAUAUGUUGAGGUGCUGUAUGCACCACCAAAGUUUUGAAUGUUAUGGUCAGACUGCCGACCCACUUCUAUGAGAUAAAUCACUGAAGUCCAAAUAAAUUCAUAUUAGAAGCAUUUUUCUGUGAGCUGUAGCUCUGUUUUAGGAUAAAUAUAAAUGAAGAAUGCAGAACACUGCUCUAAUUUGAAGCUGCUAUGAAGUAUGAAAUGUACCACUAUUAAGGCAGAACAUAUUUUUAUAGAUGUUUGGUGUAGUGCCAAUAAACUAAUAGUGAGAAAAUAGUCUAUAGAAAUGUGUUUAUAAGAAGACUGCAAUGUUUUAAGUGUGAUUUAUGAUCACGUUUUAUUUAUACAUUCCCUGGGUAUUGUUUUGUGGCACUCAUUCUGAAGAUACACAAAAGUGCAUAUUUUAAUUAAUUUCCACAGUAUGGCCAGUGACUACAAUUUUAACAUUUUUCCACUUAUCUGAAAAUAUGCUACUCUGAAUGGAAAAUAAAUUGACAUGGUUGGAGUGGGUAAUGCCACUAUAUUCAAUAUUGUCUUCAGCACAAAGCAGUUGUUGUAUUUUCUCUGUAAUUACUCUGAGAAACAGUUCCCCUGCAGGAUUUGUAUUUUAUGAAACUGAUUGCAGAGUGCUUUGAUAGUCAUUAAACUAAUGUUUGAUAACUUGAUGAACUAAGUAUUCUGCAGAAAAUCUAUUUGAUUGUGUAAAAUUCUUUAGUAAUUAACAGUGCUGUAUUGUGGAGAUGGUUAUUUUUAACCACGUAAAGCUGGAUCCUUGCAAAUAAUUUUUCCCUAGCAGAUUUUGCUUUCCGUCAUGUGUUUGUGAUCUGAGACAUUUCCAUGAAGGACAGUCUGUUAUUGGGAUAUUGCCUUAAUUUCAAAUUCUUUCUGCUCUUCUCUUACCAUUGCUUCCCUAACACUAAAUGCCUGGUGAUGUCAACUAACCAAAUCCUUUUAAACACCUUUGGCCAUCUGCCUCUCUCUAGCUGACCUUCCUUAACAUAUCUCUUCUUUCACCUCUAAUGUAUUCUUAAGUAACAGUUUUUUCUCUGUUCAGUCAGAAUAUGUUCCCAUAUGCUUGUAGUCUAUAAUAAGGUUUGCCAUUCAUCAUGAGUGUGCUUAAACAAUUCUGUAUACAACUCAAAGACAGUACCAUCCUCAGAGGGAGAUCAGGAACUCAUCUGCUGCACUUAAGAUUUAAAAAAAUGCAGUUAUUUUUAAAAAGGUAAUGACCUUGACAUCAUACAAGCCACUUCAGUUUCAUAUGUCACAAAUUAGGCCUAUAUAGUCCACAGUCUGACUAUUGGCUUUAACAUCUGUUCAUCUGUUAUGCCAUUUACUGUCUUCAGGCUGUUAAAACUGAACCUUUCGACAGUCAUGCUAGUGAUUUUCCCUCUAAUUGUGCAUGCUGAAAGUCAUUCCCUGUCUUUCACUAUCAUGCAACUACUUUCAGCUGAUGUAGUAACUUUGCUAUUGGACCCAAAAUUGUUUGCAUGCUUCCGUCAGUUGUCUUGCAAAAUGCUGUUUCACUGAAAAGGAGUAAAGAUAAUUGUGAUCUAUUCAGAUUGCUUUAUUAAAAUAGCUUAGCGCCUCAUUAAGAGACUAUAGUUUCCAGAAAUGCAGUCUUCGGAAAUAAAAUAUUCGAGCAAUUAGCUUUUAUGUUUGAACAUUUUGUUAUGACCUAGUUGCUAUUUAAGAAUCUACAUUAACGUCUUGGUGUGUAAUUGCACAUCUUUCCUCGAAAUGACUUAUUGAUCAGUAAUUUAAUGUAACACUGUAUAUCCCUUACUUAUACGUAUUGUCAUUAAUGGCAGAGUAAAUAUUACUGAGAUACCAUUAUAAAUCCCAAGUAAUAACUCACUAGAAGGAAAAUUGCUUUGGUGGUCUCACUUAGGUGCUGUAAAAAGUGCUACAAGUACUAGGUAAGAAGUACCAGAAUUCUGAGGUCUUCAGGUUAAAAAAAAAUCCCCAAUGAAAAAGCACACUAUAAAUCAUUAGUGUGGCAGCAUUUAGUCCUUAAAAAUGAUAAAGAAUAAAUACAACAAAAAGGUUCACAUUUUCUGGUAUCGGUUCAAAUACUGGUAAUUAUUUCCUGAUUAAAAGUUUCUAUACUGUGUUUAAAAAGUGCAGGAACUCUAUUGGUUGUGUUCGUAUUUGCUUUCAUCAUAGGCUAGAAAACUCUGAGAAGUCAUGGGUUUUCCUGUUUGUUUAUUAUUAAACAUGUGCAUUGUUUUAGACAAUUAAUUUAUAGACAUGACACUGAUGGAUAAAAUCUAUAAUGAAGCUAACUAGCUGGUACACUGAAGACUGGAACAAAAAGUCACUAUAUGACAGAGUCAUUAUAGAUUGGGCAGCACAGUGGUGGAGCUGUUAACAUUGUCACCUCACAGCAAGAGGUUCUCUGGUUCGAUUGUCGGCUGGGGUGCCUUCUUAGGUUCAUAGG